AUGGGCUUCUUGGGCUUCUCAGGAGAUUCCUCAGAGAGCUACAGUCUGUCAGACAAUAGCAGCAAAGUGGAUGACCGAAUCAAGCUCACAUACGCUGAAACGGUGGUGUCUUUGGCAACUGCUUUUGGCCUUGUGAUCAUUGUUUUGCUAGAUCUUCUUUACCGAAGCACCUUCCGUCAUGCAAUGCUUCUCAGAGUUCAGCGCGAAACGCGUUUUGACGGUGCCUAUAUUCUCGGUAAACCAGAAGGAAGCCGUGCGCGGAUUAUUCUGGAAAACGGGUUGAAAACACACGCGUUUCGUAUUAGCGACCCUCCUCAGUACUCACGAGUGGUUCCAGCAGUGGUGUCGGAGUCGCGUGACGCAAAGAAGGAUUGUGUUGAGAUGCUUAGCAAAGUACGUACAAUACUAGCUAAGUCGUACGGAAGAUGUGCGGAGUUGAUGUCCAUGCGCUGCUGUCUUGCCUGUGUUACGGGCGCUCUUCCAGCUGAGCAGUCGGAAAGGUUUCUUCGAAUAUAUGAAAGGGUCAUGUUUUGCUCGCAUCGGGUGAAUGGAGACGAGAAGCUGGUUACUUCAGAUGAUAUACGGUACAUGCAUGCAUUUUUCUAUAAUAAUGUGCUCAAAGUUUUGCAAUGA